AUGAAGGUCAAGACGAUCUCCCGCGUGGAGAAGGACUUCACGCAAGAGGUGCAAUCCGACAAGCUUAAGGUCUUCCGCAACUACGACCCGGCGCUCCACCCGUUCGAGCGACCGCGCGAGUACACCCGUGCGUUGAACGCUGCAAAGCUCGAGAGACUUUUCGCCAAGCCAUUCGUUGGAGCUCUAGACGGCCAUUGCGACGGCGUAACGGCAUUGGCAACGAACCCGAAGAGUCUGGUGGCGUUUGUCAGUGGCGCCGCCGAUGGUGAAGUGCGUGUAUGGGAUCUACCACGCCGUAAGUGCGUCUGGAACGUGUACGGCCACCGCGGCUUCGUGCGCGGCCUGGCAGUGACCCCAGACGGCAACACUUUUUACUCGUGCAGUGAGGACAAGACGGUGAAGCAAUGGGCGCUGCGUGUGAAGGACGAGGAUGAAGACGUCCCCACUGCACUGGCUACCUUUACGUCUAAGGAACCAUUCCUUGGCAUUGACCAUCACUGGUCUCAGAACAUGUUCGCAACAUGCGGAUCCAAGGUGCAGGUGUGGGAUCCGUCGCGCUCGACGCCUACGCACGAGUUCGCGUGGGGUGCAGACUCGAUCAACUCGGUGCAUUUCAACCCGGCAGAGGCAUCUCUAUUGGCGUCCACAGGCUCAGACCGCAACAUCACGCUGUACGACAUCCGAGUGGCGUCUUCGAUGCGCAAAAUUGUCAUGGAAAUGCGGUCCAACGCGCUGGCAUGGAACCCCAUGGAGCCCAUGAACUUCACAGUCGCUAACGAAGACCACAACUUAUACACUUUCGACAUGCGCAAGAUGAACCGCGCGAUGACGGUGCACAAGGACCACGUCUCGGCAGUAAUGGACGUGGCGUACUCUCCAACAGGUCGGGAGUUCGUAUCGGGCUCGUAUGACCGGACGAUCCGCAUCUUCAAAGUACGCUCGGCUAAAAGCCGCGAAGUUUACCAUACGCAGCGCAUGCAGCGGAUUUUCUCCGUCAAGUUCAGUGCCGACGCGAACUUUGUGCUGUCCGGCAGUGAUGACACAAACAUCCGCAUCUGGAAGGCCGAGGCGUCCAAGAAACUCUCCAAGGUUAACCCACGGGAGCGCCGCAAGAUGGAGUACAAUGAGUCGCUCAAGGAGCGCUACCAACACCUGCGCGAGAUCAGUCGAAUCUCCAAGCACCGACACGUGCCCAAGGCCAUCAAGAAGGCGGCCGAGGCCAAGCGCGAAGCCAACGCGCGCGAGGAGAAGAAGAUGGCCAACCGCCGCGCCCACGCCAAGGACGGCGCUGUACCUCACACCAACAUCCGACAAAAGGUCGUGGUCAAGGAGAUGGAGUAG